AUGGUGUCCGUGCCGCAACUGGCUCGUGCAGCAAGCCAUGGCCACAUGGCUUGGCGAAGGGGGGCUCGGCAUGUAACCCUGCCCUGGCUCAACCUUCGGAAGGCCCGCCCUCCUUUCAGCCGUGCCAUCGGGGCGGCUGUGCAGGCCGCACGCCCUGGUGCCAUGACCGACUUGGUGAAGACCUGGGAUUCAGCGACGGCAGAGGCUCAUGUCAAGUACAAUAUAUCGGACCACAGCUGCAUUUGGGAUGAAAUCGCUCGCCAUUGUAUGCCAUUUGCAGAAGGGAAGGAUGUUGCGGAUCUCGGGGCUGGUGAUGGAACUCUUGGCAAGCUGCUGCCGCAGGCAGGGAAGAUGACAAAUGUGGAUCCCUUCCCUCCAGAGGACUGUGCAGCAAAGAUUCUAAAGAGCGACGGUGUGGAGUUUUUACGGUCACAGCCAGAUCAGAGCUUGGACUUGGUGGUCGCCACGUUUGCUGUGCAUUUUAUGGACCGCGCUAGCCUCGACAAGGAGCUUGGCCGAGUUUUGAAACCAACUGGGCGUGCUAUUUGGUUUAGCUUUUCUCAGAGCUCUGUGCUCUUCGGCAGCGAGGAGUUCAACUCCAUCUAUUAUUCUGUGGGGUUCAGCCAGGAUGGAAGUGGAACGGCUGGCAGUUCUGCACCAACAACAGUGCUGAAGAUUGAUCGCCCAGCGACUUCUGCCAAUCUCCGGAAUCAUGUCGCACACCGCUGCCACAGCAACCUGAAGCAAAUGCCUGAACACAUGAUAUCCAAGCUGCUGGCGCUCAUUCCUGAAGACCUGCAGGCGCUCGAUAUCCGAUUAGACGUUUUCAUGUUUGCUCCUAAUCCUUCUCGGGACGGCGUCGUGCAGUGCUAA